ACCCCAACCUGUCCUCUCUGUGUCUCCAUCAUGGCUGAGUCCUGGAGCCUCAGUAACUCUGAGCUGUAAGGUUGAACAUCCAUCUGCAGGAUGGAGGUUUUACUGGUAUGAGGUUAUUCCAAGACUAUCACCACACUCCUUUGAGUACAACGUGCUCCCUGGUAGCAUCAAUGGAACUGCUGAAGAUUCCUACAUCCUUCAUGGACUGAUGCACACAUCACGAUACAUGUGUUAUGCCGGUAGAGGAGAGCCAGAGUAUUACACUGGUAAAAGUAACCCAGUAUUUGUCUGGUCUCGCGAUGUCAACUCUGCAGUGUCUCUCAAAGUAAGUCCUAUCAGAGAGCAGUAUUUCUUACAUGAGUCAGUCACACUGAGCUGUGAGGGAAACGCUGCAGAGUCAAGAGUGAUGGUGAUAAGGCUCACUGGAAGAGGCUAUCGGUCAAGCUGUUAUACCUGGGGAAAUAUGACCGGAUCUACAUGCACUAUCAAGCGAUUACAGUACAGGGAUGCAGUGUACUGGUGUGUGACUGAAUCAGGAAAGCUCAGCAACGGUGUCAACAUCACUAUACUAGUUAAACCCAAACCUUUCCUGUCCGUGUUUCCACCAUGGCUGAGUCCUGGAGCCUCAGUAACUCUGAGCUGUGAGGUUGAACAUCCAUCUGCAGGAUGGAGGUUUUACUGGUAUAAAGCUGUUCCUGAUCUGUCAGACAACUACUCAACCUACAGGUAUGAGCUGCUUCCUGGUAGCACCAACGGAACUGCAGAGGAUUUCUACAUCAUUCAUGGAGAAACACAAACGUCACAAUAUAGGUGCAGAGCUGGAAGAGGAGAACCAGUGUAUCACACUCAUUACAGUGAACCUAAGUUUGUCUGGUCUGGAGCACUUGAUGACUCACUUAUCAUCCCACUGUUCACUGGGGUCUUUACUGGAAUCUUGCUGGUAGUUCUCCUGCUCCCGCUGUUGUACUUCAUAAAGUCCAAAGAUCUAUGCGGAAACAGGCGCACCCGGUCUCAGGACACCAACCAGGACCAGCAGCUCAACAAGGAGGACACUCAGGAGGGUGUGUACUGCUCUCUUGGUGAAGGUGAUGAUUGUCUGUAUGAAUCGGCCUGUGGUGCUGAAGACAGAAGAAAUGCUUAUGAUCCCGAGAGCAGCUGCAACUACGAUGAUGUUGUGGAUCCACUGUCCAUUACGGAUCCAUAAAGAAAAGUGCAUCAUCAACAAAAGAAGAGAUAUAUAUGUAAAGCUCUACUAACCUGCUUACAGCUUGAAAAUGAUACAACAUAAUGUUGUUGUUUUUUUUGUUUUGUCUUUUGUUUUUUCAGUGUUGAAUGUGUUGUGCUGAAUAUACGGUUGUGUUUUAUGGUAAAUCUGUAAUCUGGUUUAACUCCACAAUUCACAAUCUUUGACUACAACCAUCUUCUAGUCAUGUAUAAUGAGCAGAUGUACAGCUGUGUGUUUUUUAUAUAAUGUGUGUACUGGAAUGUGUAGAGGAGUCUUGAAUGUAUUGUGUGUGGCAAGAAAAGUUAACCAUUUAUGCAGGAGACAGAAGAUUUUUCUGCACUUCAGUUUUCUCAGACAUUUACUAUUUGCAGAUGCAUCUGAUAGAGCAUAUUUUAACCUCUAAUGGUCUUGUGUAUGUAAGAUACACCCAUAAGAUACGAAGAUAAAUAUGUCUGUUAUGUUUUUGUAGCAAUGGCUUUCCCUUAGUAGAUAUAUUAUUAAUCAAAUAAUAGUAAUUUGUGGUUUUAUAUACUGAGCGUUUAUUACCAUCUUGUCUCUGUGGUUUGAUUUCAGGCGUUUUGUUGUGUGGUCCUUAUGAGUGCCUGGCAUGGCUUAUGUAACCUAAUAGAAACUCCAGUAAGAAUAAGUUGUGUGUGUGUCAAAUUAGCAUGAUAAUCUUUCCAUGUGCGUGUUUCUUUUUGCUACUGAAUA